AUGGCUCCCGGGACCUUCCGUUCCGCAGCGGCGUCCGCCGUUCAUUCCGGCGGAAGCUUCGGGGGAAACGACUCGCACGCGCAGCAGCACGCGGAUCCCGGCGGAAGCCGCAAUGCGCAGACGAGCGGGGGGGGAGUGGCGGAGAAGUACGGGCUGCUGGCGGCGGUGAUUGCGGCGCGCGGCGGGUGCGCGGUGCUGGACGGCGGGCUGGCGACGGAGCUGGAGCUGCGCGGCGCGGACCUCAACGACCCGCUGUGGUCCGCCAAGUGCCUCAUGGAAGAGGAAGCUUCUAGCCUCGUUCGCAAGGUUCAUCUGGACUACUACCGCGCGGGCGCCGACAUUUCCAUCUCCGCGUCGUACCAGGCAACCAUAGAGGGCUUCACGGCGCGCGGGCUGUCGGAGGGGCAGGCGGAGGCUCUUCUAGCGCGCAGCGUGCAGCUGGUGGGGGAGGCGCGGGACCGCUUCUGGGCGCAGCACUGCGCGGAGGCGGAGCGGAGGGGGGAGCGGGUGGAGCGCACGGAGGGCGGCGUUGAGCGCGUGGCGGGGCGCGUGAAGCCGCUGGUGGCGGCGUCCGUCGGCAGCUACGGCGCGUUCCUCGCGGACGGCUCCGAGUACAGUGGCGACUACGGUGCGGACAUGACAGUGGAGCGACUCAUGGCCUUCCACCGCCGCCGACUGCAGGUGCUGGCAGCAGCGGGGCCGGACAUAAUCGCCAUGGAGACCAUUCCAUGCCUAAUCGAGGCUCAGGCCCUGGUGCAGCUGCUAGAGGAGCAGGCUGCCACGGGCGCAGCAGCAGUGCCGGCGUGGAUCAGCUUCAACAGCAAGGACGGCUGCACGGCGCCGUCAGGAGACCUCUUCUCUGCCUGCAUCGCCACCGCCGCUGCCAGCCCGCACGUGGUGGCCGUGGGGAUCAACUGCACACCGCCCCGCUUCAUCCUGCCACUGCUGCAUGCCGCUCGGAAGGAGACAUCGAAGCCACUGGUGGUGUACCCCAACAGUGGGGAGGCGUGGGACGGCAUCAACAAGGAAUGGGUGCCAUGCAGUGGGCUGAGCGACGAUGGCUUUGUGUCGUACGCCCCUGAGUGGGUGAGCGCUGGGGCGGCAGUGCUGGGCGGUUGCUGCCGCACCACACCACACACCAUCUUCAGCAUUGCCGAAUGCAUUCACUGCCGUGGAGAGAAAGGGGUGUGGGGGAAGAGAGUGGGGCCUAUCGUAGUUCGCACAGACACAGAAGUAGACGCAGCUGUUGCGAUAUGA